AUGACAAGAAUAAAUGAAGUGUCUGAUGCAAUUUCAACAUCUACUCUAUCACGUGAACCUGUAUCAAAACUUCCAGAAAUUGACCAAAACCUGUUACUGCAAAUGCAUCUGAGGGCGACUGAUCAAGCAAAGUUAAACAAAAACGCUGAAACUUUAAAAGUGCUUGGUGUUUUUGUAUGCCAGAUUAUUAAAGCCAUUCUCAUUGCUCAAGACAAUCAUAGAGAUACACAAAAUGUUAUCCAAAAAUUCGAUGAAUACAUUAUAGAUCUGGAAAUACCAACUAGACUUGGAGUAGUAAAGUCGUUAGCAGUGCGGGAACUUCUAA